CCUAAGAAAGCAAUGGGGAGAAUCAGGCCACAUAGAUUUUUUACUUACAUAAGAAAAUAGUCGUGCUUGCAGUGGAAGCUGGUUUUCAGACAUCAUGGGGCUCGCGAGACACGUCGUGUGCGCCAUGUCGGGAGGGGUGGACAGCUCCGUGGCGGCUUUAUUACUGAAGAGAAGAGGUUACAGCGUGACGGGCGUUUUUAUGAAGAACUGGGACUCCCUGGAUGAGAGAGGAGUCUGUUCCACAGAGAAAGACUGUGAAGACGCCUACAGGGUGUGCCAGGCUCUGGACAUCCCUUUCCACCAAGUGUCUUAUGUCAAAGAGUACUGGAACGAAGUUUUCAGCAACUUGUUGAGAGAGUAUGAGAAGGGCCGGACCCCAAAUCCAGAUAUACUCUGCAAUAAACACAUCAAAUUCAACCACUUCCACAAGUACGCCAUCCACACUCUGGGCGCUGAUGCCAUGGCAACAGGCCACUAUGCACGGACCUCCCAGGAGGAUGAAGAGGUUUUCCAGCAGCAGCACACGGCUCCGCCUCCCACGCUUUUCAGAAAUCGAUUUGAAGUCAGAAAUCCUGUGAGGUUGCACAAAGGAGCCGACCUCCUCAAAGAUCAGACCUUCUUCCUCAGUCAGAUCUCACAAGAUGCCUUAAGGCAAACGAUGUUCCCGCUCGCCGGACUCACCAAAGACUUUGUGAAAAAGAUGGCUGCCGAGGCAGGAUUUCACCACGUGCUGAAGAAGAAAGAGAGCAUGGGCAUCUGCUUUAUUGGAGAGAGACAUUUUGAAGAGUUUAUUUUAGAGUAUCUGGAACCUAAGCCGGGGAAUUUCGUCUCCAUUGAGGAUGGGACAGUAAUGGGAAAACACAAAGGUUGGUUCACACUGACGCUGGGUCAGAGGGCAAGAAUAGGAGGCCAGAGAGACGCCUGGUUCGUGGUGGAUAAAGACGUCACUACAGGAGAUGUGUUUGUGGCUCCGACCACAAACCACCCGGCUCUGUUCCGCGACAUGCUGCGGACGGACCGCUUCCACUGGGUUGCCAUCGACCCGCCUCCUGAGCUGGCCAGGGUUCACAUGAUGGAGUGCCACUUCCGCUUCAUCCACCAGAUGCCGCUCGUUCCUUGCACAGUAACGCUGAACAUGGACGGCUCUUUGUGGAUUUGUCUCUCCAAGCCAAUCAGAGCUCUGACACCCGGACAGUUUGCUGUGCUCUACAAAGGGGACGAGUGUCUGGGCAGUGGGAAGAUCAUGCAGCUGGGUCCAACAGAAUACACACUCCAGAAGAGCCGUGAGAACUUUGUGCCAGCGGCGCCAAACAAAGAACGGCCGACACCCGAACCGGCCAGCUGAGGCGUCCUCACCGCCAGCGGCGAAAAACCCCCAUGUGUUCAGUUCAGCUACCUUGGGAGAAAUGACUGUGUUGAGAAAUGCUACGUUCAUAACACGAGGCUCCUUCAUCCAGCGCUGCUUUCCAUUUGGCAAUGGCGCAGACAUAUUAGAGCUUCAUGUUCCCACAAACCAUCUCUGUUGAAGCCAAACUGUUUAGAGGAGAAUGAUGCUGCUUUUUAGUGACUGUGAAUUUCUCACUCAGAAUGAGGUUAAAAAAAAAAAAAAAAAAAAAAUCAGGUGGUAGAGUUCCAGUUUAUCACGUUAGAAAGCAGGACGCUUGCAUCCAGAAAACCUUCCUUGGGCUGAAAACAUCCUAAAUCCAUUCUUAAGAACAGAUUAGUUUCAUAUGAACAUUAAACUCUGCUCGAUCCCUUUGUAGAAGUAAAGGCCAAGUUGUACAUGUAGUUAAAAACACUGUUUAUGCUACCAAGGCACACUCUGCUCAGCUAUAAUGUAAAUGGAACCUGAGUGUACCUUUUAAUAUACAGUCCCAAAAGGGGCAAAUCUGUUAUUAUUUCUGGUCUUUGUCAUCAGAAAAAUCACUUUUGAGGCAAGGAGAUGGUUUACUCAGUAACUCAGUGUUGAAAGGUUGUACAUUUAUAAUGACAGUGUUCAUCUGCACAAACAUUAUAUUGUGGUUGUCAUUCUUUAAACGGACACAUGAAUUCCUUCACAAAGGCAUUUUAAGCAUUCAAGCACAGGGAAAGACACACAGUCACACACUCGGUUUCGCACUGAUGGUCGUUGAUUAACCUCAAACGUGUUUUUAGGCUGGAUAAACACGCAAACUUGCCUCCAAAAAACCAAAACAGGCUCAAACUGGGGAUUUGAUCACUGUGGAGCGAGGAUGCUAACCACUUCACCACCAUGUGGCAGAAUAAUGUCUGCUAAUGAGCUAAACCUGAAAUCAAACCCAUUUCAGGUGGUCAUCUACUUUGUUUUAUGGAAAAUGAAUAGUCAGAGAGUCAUUUCUGCCCACACAGCCUGUUUAAUGACACUGUAAUCCAAAACCUUCAGUUAAACUGUGUUCUGCUAAAUCUGUGAUGAUUUUUCUGAAGCAGAGCUUUUGGAUGACAGGCCGUAAUUUGAUUGUUUGUCUCCGUGCUAAACAGUGAAAAUGAGCUGGAUCACUCGCAUCGAUCCUUACAAGUAACUUUAAAGGUAAACUGUCGGUUUGAAAUCAUGUCUCUUUUGCACAUUUCGUAGCAGUAUGUAGUCACAUUGUUUCCCCUUUGUUUGGUAGUUGCAGUGUCUUGUAGGUGAACGAUGUGAACCUGCUUUACCCUGUAGACCUCACAGUGCCGUUCACCAUCAGUCCGUCUUGUUUCGACUGUUCUUCUUGCUGUUUCUGCAGUUUAUGGUGUAAACUUGUGUUGCGGGGCUAAAACUUGCCAGUUGGAAAACAUUUCAGCAGGAUGUCACCAGGAAUGAUAUCUGGCUUUGUUUUGUCUCAUUCUUUAUAUUAUAUUCUUAUAUUUAUUUUACUUCAACUUGUUUUGGUCCAUUUCACUGUCAUGGCAUUCAACUUCCGGUGCAUAACUCCUCACAGAUCCACACUUCUCUCUCUUUUUAGACAUUGUUUUCUCAUCUAGCUGCAAACCUUCACAAAUAAUUCUAAAGCUAAUGUAGAGGAGUUUGCACGUUUUUGUAUUUCUGGUUUGUAACGGUCUAACAUGUGAAUCUGUUUUUAUAAGACUGGAGGUGAUUCCUGACAUGUGUCGUGGGAAAUGGGUCACAGACGGUUUGAAAUAAAGCAAGUGCCUCUUUAUUUUCAA